AUGUUCUCCAAAUUCAAAUCAAAGAAGGCACCUUUAUCACUAAACUCAAUAUCAAAUGCUAUAAAAACUCAUGGUUCGAAAAGUUUAUCACCUGAAGAAAUAAAUCCUAAACAUAUUGAUGUACAAGUUAUAAAUCAAUUAGGUAUACCUGAGAAUUCAAUAACAGCUAUUGCUUAUGAUCCAAUACAGUCUUUAUUAGCAAUAGCGACUAAAAAGAAUGAUGUAAGGGUAUACGGUCAAGUAAAUGUCGAAGUAGUAUUUCAAUUCAAUAUCAAACAUCCAAUAACUGAUUUGAAAUUUGUUAAAGGUGUAUACCUACUAUGUUCAUCACCUGCAUCUGGUUUAACUAUUUUGUCAUUGCAUUCAAAACGUAUAUUGGGUACUUUUUCAUUCCCAGGAACUGUAACCGCAAUUGAAACUGAUCCAUCUUUGGAUUGGGCUGUAUUCGGAUUAGCUAAUGGAAGUUUAAUAUUUUAUGAUGUUGAUAGAUUAAAUUUAACACCUUUUAGAAUUGAUAAUUUACAGAAAAAAAUUAUGCCUAAAGAGAAAAUGUCACCCGUAGUAUCAAUAGAAUGGCAUCCAAGAGAUAUUGGCACUUUAUUAGUUGCGUAUAAUCAAUGUGCCAUAAUUUAUUCACUAGUAACUGGAGAAAUUAAAAGUGUUUUGACUUAUCAAUUAUCGAAAGAACACAAAGGUUUUCAGUAUUCCACUCAUAUAGCCACUGGUGGUAAAAAAAAAUUGUUUGGCUCCCUGAAAACUAUUAUUCCAAUGAUAAAAGAAGCACAUUUCCAUCCAAAUGGUUUACAUGCAAUAACAGUACAUAAUGAUAAUACUAUAGUAUUCUGGGAUAUAGAUGGUGGCAAAAUUAUCGAAGCUAGAACAUUAUAUGAAACUCAAUUACAUAGACCUGGUGCAUAUUUAGAAGUUCCGAUAGCAUUUAAUCCAAUAGAAACAGUUAAGUGGGUUUGUGGAGAAGAUCCUGAGAAUACAAAACUACUAGUAAGUGGAGGUGACCCAGACGCUACAAACACUAUAAGUGUACUUGAUUUUGGUUACACAUUAAAAUAUACUAUAACAUCCAUAGAGAAUCAAAGUAGAUUUUAUUGCAAUCCGCAAGGAGGUCAAAGAAAGAUACCCAUUAAUUUUUAUCUUAAUAAUACCGAAAUUACUGAAUAUAUAACCCACAUAGAGCCAAUCACGGAAAACGGAUCACCUUAUUUCCAUGGAGGUCAUAAUCCUUCUUUCCUUCUACUUGUGUCAAAUUUAGGAAGAAUGUAUUCACUUUCAUUUUCAGAUAAUUCUGGUGGUCAAGGAAGUUCAGAUUUAGGAGCAGUAAUUUUCCCAACUUCAAUUGCAUUAACUGUACCACCUUUAUGUUAUUUUGAUGUUCAAGCUGUUGUUAGAAUAGAUUGGUAUAGCAUGAUGUCAAGUAGGGUUUCAUCAGGAACAAACGCUAAAAUAAAACCCUUGUUGUUUGGUGGUUCUCCAGUUUCAUUAACGAGCUUACCAAAAUCUUUAGGCUAUAAUGAUGGAUUCAGAAAUAUAAUGAUUACAGGUCAUGAAAAUGGAUUAGUCAGAUUUUUAGAUGUUACAAAAGGAGAACAACUGAGUACUGAAAGUGUUGUUCAAGUUAGUUUAAAAGAAACAUUAUAUGAUUAUCAAAAUCCUGCUAAUUUAAGAGUUCUGCAAGUUUCCUGCUCGUUCCCAAAUCGUCAAUUAUUAGUUGGCUUGGCUACUGGUGAAGUUGUUAUUUGUAAAUUCGGUAAGAAUCCAAAUGUUAAAAACGCUGGUAUAUCCACUAAUAAAGAUUAUAGUGAUUGUCCAAUGCAACAUACGAAUGGAAGUGCCCUGUUACUAAAUAUUACUGGAAGAGUUUCUGGAUCAGCUGCUCUGUCAGCAACUUUUUUACCAUCGUAUAUAUUGAGAUUAGAUCCAUCAGAACCAAUUUCAGUGUUGAAAAUGAGUGAUGCUGGUUUUGCAGCAGUUGGUUAUAAAUCUGGUAGAUUGGUGGUUUGUGAUAUCUCAAGAGGUCCAGCAGUAAUAUUUAAUUGUGACAACAUAAAACAAAACUUAGUUUCUGUUGAUGGUAAAUGUUAUGCUACAACAAUGGAAUUCACUAUUAUGGAAUACGGAAUGGAUGGUUACUCAUCAUUGAUUUUGAUUGUUGGUACAAAUUGUGGAGGUAAUCUAAUUUAUUACAAAAUAACACCAAUGGGUAAUGGUGGAUUCAAAGUUGAUUUUGCUGACAAAACUGCUCACUUGAAUUAUAGAACUGCUGACGGUGGAGAUGCAGAAGCAUCAAAAUUGCUGCAGUUGAUUCCUAUUGAUGCUCAAUAUGGUAUGUCAGCUGUAGCAGAUCCAAAGAGAUUCUCACAAUUAGGUACAGGUACACCAAUUCCUGGAUUCAUAAUUACCGUAUCAGAUAGAGAUUUGAGAGUCAUAAAAUCUCCAAAAACAAAAUUAUCACACAAAGUUAUUGAUGAUGUUUGUCUAAAAGCUAGUGUUGUUCAGUAUAAGGAUAAAGGUGUUGUCUUGGCUGUUUUGGUCAAGACGGGAUUUAUUAAAUUAGUUUCAUUACCAGCAUUGCAAGACAUUGCAAAUAUAAAAUUACCAAAAGAAGCGUUCAACCAUUUAAAAGAAUCAUUAGAGUCGGGAACUGCAAAUCAAUCAAACUUAUUGUCUUCAGGUGAAAUGUAUCUUCGAGUUUCAAAAACUGAAUCAGUAUUCAUUACAGCUUAUGAAAAAACUCGUCAAAAGGGAGAUAUUGAAACUGAUAAAUUAUUCAAUCCAACAGCAAUUAUACCACCAAGACCUCUGGCAAGUACAUUGUCUUGGGCUAAAGGUCAAAUCAGUUAUGUGUCUGUAGAAGAUUUAACAAUGUUAAUAGCUGGUCCAAGUAGAAGAGCUCCGAAAACAGAAGAAUCAACUUUAGCUCAUAAUAUUAGUCCAGAAGCAAAUCCUCAAGCUAAUUAUGGUGGUUAUAAUCCAAAACCUAAAUCUGAAAAUGCUUAUGAUCAACCAAUAAGAAAAGGCGCUGCACCAGCUACAGGAUUUGGAGCACAAGGUUUUAUGAAAAGUGUACAAAAUGGAUUGCAAAGUGCUGAAGAAACUUUUAAUGACUAUGCAAAUUCUGCAAGUCAAACUUUUACUGAGGGAUUUGAAGAACAAAAAAAAUCAUUUUAUACUUCUGCUUUACAAAGUAAAUUUGGUUUUUAG